AUGGCCAAAGCAACGACAAUCACAGCUCUUGUUCAAUCACCAAAUGGCGGAGGCCCGCCGCUGGUCUCAAGAGACCGGCACAUGCCCCAAAUCAGAGAACCCCACGAAGUUCUGGUCCGGGUCUCGGUCGUCGCGCUGAACCCGACCGACUACAAGAUGCCAGACUAUCAUCCGGUGCCAAAUGCCGUCAUGGGUUGCGAUUUCAUGGGCACCAUCGUCGCUGCUGGCCCCGAAGUCGACGGCUCAUGUGUCGGGACGCGGGUCUGCGGUCCCAUGCAUGGCUCGAACCCGGGCAACCCAGACUCCGGAGCGUUUUCCGAAUACCUCAUCCAAGAUAGACGUCUUCUUGUGCGGGUGCCUGAUUCUUGGAGUGAUCUCGAGGGGGCGGCGCUCGGAGGAGUGGGAUGGGCGACUGUGGCAUUAGCCAUGGAAGACUCGCUCCUCCUGACGGGCACUCCAUCAAAACCUGCUCCAUUGCGGUCUGAUGGAACCCGCCAGCCUGUAUUGGUAUACGGUGGUGCUACAGCUACCGGCACUAUGGCUUGCCAAUUGCUGUCUAGCGCCGGCUAUGACCCCAUCGCUACCUGCUCCCCGUCUUCUGCCGCUCUUGUAAAGAAGUACGGAGCUGCUUCUACGACACCCUACUCCUCCCCGACUUGCGGGGAGACAAUCCGCGAUACGACAAAGGGAUCCAUUCGAGCAGCAAUUGACUGUAUCACCACGCCAGAGUCGGUGAAGUGCUGCUUCACAGCUCUUGGUCGUGCAGGCGCAAGGUAUGCUUCUCUCGAACACGCCCCCGACGAGUGGAGGACGAGGAAGGCGGUCAAGAUGGAUAUGCCAAUGACCUAUGUGGUUAUGGGCCGCGAAGUCAAGCUCGAUGGUGCAUACCACCGUGACGCGGACCAGUCCAAAUUUGAUCUGGGAGCACGGUGGGCGCUCGAGGUUCAGGCCUUGGUGGAUGAUGGACGUUUGAAAUGUCAUCCGGCUCGUGAACUUCCCGGUGGAUGGCAAGGCAUUAUCCGAGGUCUUGAGAUGCUGAAAUCAGGUCAAGUGCGAGGACAAAAGCUUGUGCCUCGGGUAUGGUACGGGAUCAAGGUGGAUUUCAGCAUGUAA